GUAAUCAACGGACCGCACGUGUACCCCGGAGCGCACAUGAUCGAGUCAGAGGACGGCCGCAUCACGCACCUGCGCGGCCUGACGGAGGAACAACGUACCGCCUUCGCUAAGAAGCUCCUUACGCCCCCUGACAGCACCAUCGCCACCACACGGCCUUGCAAGAUCGUCUACAGACACCUCAUGGACGGAGAUCUGGUGCUCAUGAACCGACAGCCCACGCUUCACAGACCCAGCAUUCAGGCACACAAGUCUCGCGUCAUGAAGGGCGUACGUGUCCUACGCAUGCCGUACGCAAACUGCAAAGCUUACAACGCUGAUUUCGACGGCGACGAAAUGAACCUUCAUUUCCCGCAGAACUGGAUGGCUCAGAGCGAGUGUGCCACGUUAAUCACGACACAUAAUCAGUACUUGACCCCUAAGGAUGGCGCUCCUUUGGCAGGACUUGUACAGGAUUGUGUAGUAGCAGGAGUCCUGCUGUCCGUGAGAGGUAAAAUGUUCGAGAGGGAAGACUAUAUUCAGCUUGUUAAUGUCGCCAUGCAAGACUACAAUUGUCCUAUCAACAUUUUACCGCCUGCCAUUCUGAAGCCUAAGAAACUCUGGAGCGGAAAACAGAUCAUUUCCACGGUCCUGCAGAAUCUGAUUCCGCAGAAGAAUGCCUUGCCAACGUUCCGCUUCAAGACUUCUGUCAAAGCUGAGAUAGGGUCUACGUCACAUGGUCUAAUACACGUCUGCUAUGAUCUGUACGGCGGCGCGGUGGCUAUGAAGCUGCUGACGGCGUUCAACAGGCUGUGCAUGACGUUCCUGCAGUGGCACGGCCACACCAUCAGCAGCAAGGAGUUCCUUACGCCACAUGCCGUGGCUUAUAAGAGGCGGCAGCAACUUGCUACCUUGCUGCAGACUGCCCCGGCGAAGGUUCUGGAGAAGCUGGAGAUGACAGAGGAUCAGUUCCGGCAGUUUUGGGAGGUGAACCACGUCACCAACUGUGAGAAGAACACCGCACUCAUCGACGGUGCUUACACUCAAGUUCUGGGCAAGACAACGUCCUCGGUGACCUCCGAGAACGAGCGCGGACUGCACAGGCGCACGCUCAACAACAGCAUGCGCCUUAUGGUCGACUCCGGCGCUAAGGGCUCCAAGGUGAACAUGAACCAAAUGGCGUCGCUGUUUGGCCCCACGGCCCUGGACGGCAAAAGGAUGCCGCUGAGCCUGGCCGGCAAGAGCCUCCCCUCGUUCCUGCCCUACGACAUGAACCCGCGCGCCGGCGGCUACAUCAGCACCCGCUUCAUGACCGGCAUAGACCCGCAGAGCUACUUCUUCCUCUGCAUCGUCGGCCGUGACUCGCUGCAACACACGGCCGUGAAGACCGCCAACUCAGGCUACAUGCAGCGCUGUCUCAUCAAGCAUCUCGAGGGCAUCGAAGUCUCCUAUGACAUGACUGUGCGAAACUCGGACGGUCUCGUACUACAGUUCGAGUACGGCGAGGACGGUCUGGACGUAACCAAAGCGCCGUUCCUGAAGACCCCCAAGAUAUUGGACGUGGUGGUUGACAACUGCGUCAGACAAUUGCACGACUCGCAGCUACAGGCUGCUCAAGACAAGCUUAACAACGCUAAUAUAUCCAAACAUAGGAAGAAGGUACGGAAGUAUCUAAAGAAGCAACGUAAGCUAGGCUCCAGACGCCGCUGCAGCGCGUUCACCAUCUUCUGCGAGGACCAGGAAAACUGCACUGGACAACGCGACGCUAAGGGCGCGUCUACCAUCAAUAGUGACACGGGGCGGUCUAGACGAGCUCAAACUUUGUUGAAUAAAUGGAACGAAUUGGAUCACGAUUCAAAAUUAGAAUACGAGAACCGGUACCGUGCCGUAGUGCCGGUACGACCAGAUCCCGUUCUGUCGAGGUACUGCGGCCACAGCAACGUUGGCGUCAUGUCAGAGGUGCUGGAUGACUUCGUCGAGUCUUACUACAACCAGCAGUACGCCAAGAGGGAUACGCAUCAUAAGAAAUACGACAGACAAACGAUCGAGACGACGGUGGCCAUCAAAGCUCGCAGCGCUCACGUCGACCCUGGCGAAGCCGUGGGCGCCAUCUGCGCGCAGGCUAUUGGCGAGCCUCUCACUCAGAUGACACUGAACACUUUCCACUUCGCCGGUCGCGACGAGUUGAACGUCACUCUCGGGGUGCCCCGUAUGGUUGAGAUCCUACGCACGGCGAGCGCGAACAUCUCGACGCCCAUCAUGGAGAUCCCCUUCAGACCGGGCGUGACUAGACCCCAGGCUGAUGCCCUCAAGAGGAAGUUCACUGAGGUCACCCUCAAGCAGGUGCUGCACAUGAUGGAGGCGAGUGUGAUGGAGGUGGACGAGCCUCGCAGUCACAAUCAUCAUCUCGUCAAGCUGAGAUUUGUGCUGCUGCCGACCUCUCAUUACAAGCAGGAACUGCCUGUCACUUGCAGGGACGUUCUUAGCUUCCUCGAGAAGGUCUACUUCGAAAAAGGAAUCAUCAAGAGAUUGAAUUCUUCUGGAAAAUCUCCUGAAAUAUGCUCGACGCUGGACUCGGUUUCUGCUCCCACAAAGCAGGCGCCUAAGAAAGAGAGCGAGGAUGCGGAAGAUGGCGACUUAGCAAAAAAGGACGACGAUGAGGACGCCGCCGCAGGGAAUGACCCUGACACAGACCUGUCCGACAAAGCUCGUCAGAAGAGGCAGGACGAAGAAGAUUACGAUGAUGAUGAAGAGGAUGAAGAAGAGAAGGAGGAUGAAGGGGAUGAUGAGAUGGAAGUUGAUACAAAGAAAGUCCCCAGAGAGAACGGAGAUGACGAUGAAGAGGACGAAAAUGAAAUCGAAGCUGACACAAAGUUUUCAGGAGGCAGAGGGCGCUCAGCGCUGUCGCCAGACGAGGUACAGCGGCGCGUGAAGGCCGUGGUGGCCAUGAGCAGCAAGGUCGUCGCUUAUGAGUUCGAUACCCUGACUCUCUGCAUCGCAAACUGUGGUCGUAAAUACGACUUCAAGAGCAUCGUAAGCAACACGGCGGGCAAGGCUUACGUCAACAAAGUAGCGGGCAUCAAACGGGCCUUCGUUGAAGAAAAAGACGGACAGCUUCUCCUCAGGACCGAGGGUGUCAAUAUCUACAAAUUGAUAGAAUGGGCACACAUGCUGGACAUAAACCGUCUGUACACGAACGAUAUGGCUCGCACUUUUGGUAUCGAAGCGGCGCAGCGCUCCAUCAUCAGAGAGAUCCGCGCCGUGCAGGAUGCCUACAACAUUGAGACCUUAGAGUUCUUUAAUUCAGUCAGCAAAUCGGCCCUUGUCAAUGGAGCCCCGGACAGAAUGCAGUCUCCAUCUGCCCGCAUUGCAACCGGUCAGGUGGUUAGGAUCGGUACAAACCUCAUGGACAUCCUGGUCGAUAUUUCCCGAUCUUUGGGAUAACUCGUGGAUAUCCUGGUCAAUGUUUCCCAAUCGUUGGGAUAAAUGUUGCGAUUAGACGUUAAGCCCUCUUUUCAUGGUGCAUGAUUCAACUUGUCGAAUAAAUAAUCUGGCUUAUGAUCAGGUUCAUGAUGCUGCCAAUUGAACUUUUCGCAACAAGAAAAUGUGUUUCAUUCCAAUCCCUAAUGUAGAUAUUGACUUAUUAUUUGGCCUGUGAAUGUUUUUUUGAUAGUAACUUAUAUUUUUUAACCCUUUUUCCAAGGAUAUAUUAAGCAUCAAUGCUAUUCGUACAUUAAGGCCUGAACUCGAGAGUCCCG